UUCAUGGAUAAAGUGAAAAUGGGGAAAGAUCUUCAUUGUUAUCUAGAUCUACUAACAAAAAGCAAUAAAAUGUAUACAUUCAUAAAGAGCCAGCUUCGUUACAAAAUAUAUAAAACAUGUCAUCGAUUUGUACAUACCGAAACAAACUUAAAGAAAAAGAUAAAGUGGUUAAUACCUGUAGGAUAUGAAACAAACAUUAAAAUCUAUAAUCCCAUAACAAAGUGCAAUGUGCCAUUAAUUUUAAAAAAUAAAAAUAUUUUAACUUGGUAUGUUUGUGGCCCUACUGCAUAUAAUUCAGCACAUAUAGGACAUGCAAUGUCUUACAUGAAUUUGGACAUUAUUCGAAGAAUAUUAUCAGACUAUUUUAAUAUAAAUAUUGUAAUGGCCAUGUGUAUAACAGAUAUAGAUGAUAAAAUAAUAAAACGCUCAAAAGAAUUAAAACAAAACUAUAAAGAUAUAACGAAACAUUAUGAAAAUGAAUUUAUUGAAGAUAUGCAAAUGUUAAAUAUUGCCAAGCCUCACUUAUAUUGUAGAGUUACUGAUUAUAUAUCACAAAUUAUUCAAUUUGUGCAAGGCAUUAUAGAUAAUGGCAAUGCAUAUAUUUCAAAAGAUGAAUCAGUUUAUUUUGAUACACAUAAAUAUGCAAUGUAUGGCAAAUUAAUGCCACCAGUAUCAGAUAGUAAUCAUCCUGAUAAGAAAUCAUCACUGGAUUUUUGUCUUUGGAAGAAAGCUAAAGAAGGUGAACCAUUUUGGAAAUCUCCAUGGGGUCCUGGAAGGCCAGGAUGGCAUAUAGAAUGUAGCACAAUUGCAAGCACAGUUUUUGGAAAUUCUGUUGACAUUCACAGCGGUGGUAAAGAUCUUAUAUUUCCACAUCAUGAGAAUGAAGAAGCACAAUCGUGUUCUUACCAUGGAGUAGAACAAUGGGUAAAUUAUUGGAUGCAUUGUGGGCAUUUAUCCUUAGAGGAUGUAAAAAUGUCAAAAAGUCUUGGUAAUACUAUCAGUAUAAGAGAAUUCCUUGAAAAAUACACAGCAAAUCACAUUAGAAUUCUUUGCCUGCUUUCUAAUUAUAAAUAUGACCUGAAAUUUUCUGAUAUUGUAAUGAAUAAUGCAGUACGUAUAUUGAAUAAAAUUCAACAAUUUAUUUAUAGUUGUGAAAACUACAUUAUUGGAAACUGGGAUAUUGCUAAUAUAGAUGAAGUUGCACUGCUCCGUUGUCUAGAAGAAACGAAAAGCGAUGUUUAUACUGCAUUAGCAGAUGAUUUUAAUACUGCAAAAGCUAUGAAGUCAUUGUUAAAUCUAAUUGAUGUAGGGAAUAAUAUGUUACACAAGCAUAAUAAAAACACUCAUGGUUCUUGUAUACCUGCUAUAAUUGCAGUAUCAAAUUAUAUAUCAACAACAUUUUCAAAAUUUGGAAUUUUUAAUCCUACAACAACAGAUGAUCAGAGAGUGAACAAUCUCGUUGAAUAUUUUGUAAAAUUUAGACAUACUGUUCGUCGCAGAACCUUAGAAUCAGAUGUUAAAGAUAAAAUUUUACUUGAGGCAUGCGACGAAGCACGAUCAGACCUUUCUGCUUGUGGAGUAACAGUAAAGGAUCAUAAAAUGCGAAGUAUUUGGAGUAUCAAGAAAUAUUAAAUCAAAAUCAACAAACAGUUUUUUUUAUUGUAGCGUUU